CGGUAUCUUAUCAUUUGCUCUUCUUCAAUAUUGUGGUUUCGAACCUCAUCGUCUAGUGAGAUUAAGCAAUCAAAAACACAUGAUCUUUCUAAUCACAAGGUCUUCUAUAUUCUCUCGAAGAAUUUUGAGUAGUAUAAGUCUGUCGAGAUCUCGUUAUUACAGUUCGAUGGAUCUCAAAGACGUCGUGAAAAAGCUACACGAGUUUGCGCCACUACAGCUAGCUGAAGAAUGGGACAACGUGGGCUUACUCGUCGAACCAUCCCAACCUCAUUUUGUAAAAUCACUUCUUCUUACUAACGAUUUAACUGAAAAAGUAGUACAAGAAGCUAUUGAAAAAGGAGUAAAUAUGGUUAUAUCCUAUCACCCGCCGAUAUUUAAGCCACUUAAACGUCUCACUUCAAAAACGUUCAAGGAAAGAAUUAUUGUGAAAAUGAUAGAGAAUAAAAUAGCUGUGUACUCUCCGCAUACAGCUUUUGAUGCAGUUAAAAAUGGCGUGAACGACUGGCUCGCUUCAGGUCUGGGAAGCGCAAAGGUGGAACCCCUUCAAUGUUCAAAAGGAUCUGGUUCUUGUCAGUACAAAGUUUUGACUAGUAUGUUGACCAAUCAGGAAGCAGAAAGUUUACUAAAGCUUCAAGACACCCUCAAAGGACUCGAUGGAGUGGAAAGGAUUGAGGUGGAGGCUGUAACUAAGUAUGUUUUGAUCAUCUGAACAAUUAGAUGGGGGAGGAGGAGAGGGGUUGUUUGUUUAACAUGUGUUUAGGGGGGUAAAGAUAUCUCCCAUCCCCCUUUAAGUUCAGCCCACCUUUCCAAGAGAUUCCCCUCUAAUAUUUAAUGAGUGUGGCCCUAACUACGAGCUUAUUCAGGCAUACAUGUUACAUGCAGCUGUUUGGAGAAAGGUUGUCAGGAAAAAGGACAAAGUUUCAUGUGACAAUCUUGAAAGGUAAUCUGGUAAUCUGGGUAUCUGGUAAUCAAUGAAAUUUUAUAGUACAAAUGAAUAAAGUCAUCAAACCUGUGAUGCCUUCUUCGCACAGUGAAUUUUUCUCAGAUUUCCUUGAAAUCCUGGGGCAAGAAAGAUUACCUUUUGGGGUUGUGUGCCUUUCUCCAAAAACUUUACUCAAAACAGCUGUAUAUUAGUAGUGAACUGCUAAGGGCAGUGUUUAGAGCCAUUUUGUUUUGAAAUGUGAAAUAUUUAAAACAUUUUUGGAAUGUCCUCCACACUUUUUUUUUCAUCAAUAAAUGCCUAGGCUUAUUUUAUUUUUUUGUUCUUAACAGACCAGAGACAAUUUCCUUACAUUGCACUGAGACUGGCCUGGUCAAUGCUUUUCAGAUGUUGACUUCUCAGUUUCCUGAAACUGUUGGUAAAACAGAAGUGAUGCCUUUAGCUCAGGUGGGGCUAAACAGUGCUCAGAACAACUGACAAAGCUUAAAUCUGUAGAUCUGUUUCCAUAUACAACUUCCAUAUGCCUUUUCUAAUCUUCAUGGUCUUCCACAGUGACUUUCAGGGCUCAGAAAAUUGAUAAAGCUUAAAUCUGUAUCUCUUUCCAUGCACAGCUUCUACAUAUGUUUUCUAAUCUUCAUGAUCUUCCACAAUGACUGGCAGUACUCAGAACAAGUGACAGAGCUAAAAUCUACAUAUCUCUUUCAAUGAUUGUCCACCAGGGCACCCCCAUGCAUUUUCUAAUCUUCAUGACCUUCUGCAAUGACUUGUAGCUCUUGAAUAGUUUUCAUACCGGUAUCUUAAGCAAGAACUCCCCAUAGGUGAUUCUUCCCUUUUUUCUGUACUUGUUCUUCCUUCCUUCAGUUGUUUGCCGGAGUGCUAAAAACCUUCCUUUAGUUCAAAAUAUGUUUAAUACCUGUCGAAACCUUAGCAGCUGAUAACCAUCACUAUUUUGAGGCUUCAUGCUUAUAGAAAUGUUACAUAAUUUUUUCUUUUUGUUUUAAUUGAAAUAUCAUAACAUGGAACAAAUUUGAUCAAUAGAUUUUUCUUUUCGAAAUUUCUUUAAUCAAUGUCAGUGUCUGAAAACUGCACACCUACCCCUCCCCUAACCCAACACCAGUCAACUGAUGGCAAUUUAGGGUUAAUUUUGAGUUUGGGGAGGGGUAGUUACACAGUGGCUCAGAUACUGACAUUGAUCUGUUACUUUUUACAGAUUCCUCUUUUGGGAACUGGUCAAGGAAGACUCUGUACACUACAGACACCAGUUACUCUGUCAGAAUUGAUAAACCGCAUCAAAAACCACCUGAACCUUAAACAUGUUCGUCUUGCUGCGGCACAUUUAGGUAUGCCUGAACUAGCUGACCCCCAGCAAAGCCGUGUUCAGACUAUCGCAAUCUGUGCUGGGUCAGGAGCUGGUUUACUGCAAGGAACAAAGGCUGAUGUGUAUUUGACAGGAGAAAUGUCACAUCACGAAGUGCUAGAAGCAGUGUCAAAUGGAGUACAUGUGGUCUUGUGCGAACACAGUAACACAGAACGUGGUUUCUUGCUGGAAUUUAAGACAAAAUUGAAUGGCUUGUUAGAAGAGAAGGUUAAUGUGUUGGUUUCUUCAUAUGAUGCAGAUCCACUUCAAGUGGUUUAGGAAGCAAAUUUCUUUUGGAGACAAAGAACAGUUCUUUCGAUGUUCAUUGACCCUGUAGCUCCCAAGAUCUCAUCAGUAAUUCUUCUUACUGUCUGUCAUACAAUUCUUAGGAUUUUAGUUUGGAGAACUUGGUAUUGAAUCAACUAAACAAUCUCCUAAUUGAUAUUUUCCUUUAUUCUUAUCACUUGUCUACUUGACAUUUUAAGAAGAAAUUCUGUCUUGGUCAGUCAUGGGAGUUAAAUCCUCAAAUUGAUUGAAAACCAAACAGAUGCAAUGAGUGUACUCAUUGACCUCUUGGCUUUAAGGUUGACAACUGAAUUUAGUCCGUGAUGAGUACAAUUUAAUACUGAACUUUCUAAGAUGACAUUGGGCCAGUCUUGAACAUGUUCACUAAGCUUGAGAUCUAAGCAGUUAACCUGCAAAUGAAAAAUGCUCAAGCCUUUAUUUCUCUUGAAUUCUCUUGGGAAUUAAGUUUGGCUCAAGAUUGUCGGCUUAAUGUCGUUUUGGAUAACAUCCCAGCCUCCCUUUAAGGGCAGUGCAGGUGAAAUUGACAAGUAGUCUAGGGCAAACAAAUAGAAAACAAUGAAAAAGCAGGAAACGGCAAAUACAGUUGUUUAAGGGGAUUGUGUUAACAUGCUUAAAUAUGUGUCAGAUCCACUUAAGUUAUCAACGAUCAGUGAGAAGAAAGCUAUAAAAAAUAAGUCAAAACCAAGUGGAACUUUGAAUAGCUUUAUUAAGUAUCAGAGCUAGUGAACUACUGUUUCACUUUCAGCAGAGAAGGUACAAACCUUUAACGUUAGGAGAGCCCUAACAAAGAAAGUGAAUGAAGCAAAAUUAUUUUAGAUACUCUUAACAAUAUAAUAAGCAAAUCUGAAUGACAAAAUAUGUAGCACAGGUGAAAAAAGUCUUAAAAGAUAUAAAAGUAGCGGAAAGCAUCUUUAAAGGUAUGUACUGUAAAAAGUACCAUCUCUGAAAAUUGGCUUUUGGCUUUUGGCUUUAACUGUGGGCGAGCCCGAGUUUUCGUUAUCUUUGAAUCAUGUCGAGACAUUUAGCGACAACCACAAGCACUUGCAGUCAAGUCAAAAAUAGUCUUUCUCACCAAGUUGCCAUUGGCUUCUCUUUUUAAAACACCAAGUCCUUGAUAUUUGGUCGGAACGCAUUUACUCUGCACGAGAUUCGCACGAACACCUGGGGACGAAAACACACGUCUCCGUUUGGCGAGCUCCAAGACGAACGCAUGUGGUGUGAUGUGUUUCGCAGAGGAGCUCAUGCUGUCGGCUACAUCACAUCGGCCAUAACACAAAGAGAAGUUGAUAAGGCCUUUAGGUCGAACAUACACGUUGGACAGGCCCAAUCGUGCGAAGGAGGUUCUGAAGCUAUGAAGUCGACAUUCUGUCGGGUACCGACCACUGCGGAGUUUGCCAUAGUGUCUCUUUGGCUUAUUACCAGUGAAGAUAGAUCUUGUAAACGUUGUUGAAAUACUCUUGAAAUAGGCCACGAGGAAAACGGGUCCAUUUUUCCACCACUCUUCAAAAUUUUUUAAUUCAUUCCGCGAGGUGUUUGUGAUGAUGAACUCAACUUUCACUUUACGAAGGCGUCUUUGUUCCUUCCACUGAUCCAAAAGCCUUGAUACGUCAUAAAGUUCUAUCGUCUUUGUUGUGUUUACAAGCAAAUCUUGUAUGUUAUAAGCCAGUCUAACUCCGUCCUCGUCAAGGACGUCAAAAGCGAAGAUAACGUUAUCUUUUGUGGGAAGUCUAAGAAAGGCCAGGUGAAGUUUUAACGUGUUCUCGAUGUCAAUGGCUGAGGUAUCAAAAUGGGUUGUGAACUUUAUUUUGUACUGAUCGUCAGUGUUGGUGUUUCGACGAAGAAAUCCUGAAAAAGAUGGGAUUUUUAACCCCAGGCUCUUGAUGAUCAAGUGAAAAAAAAAACACAUUAUACAAGCAAAUAAUUCCUCACGAUUGUUUCAAACAAGAACGGGAGUGUCUCGCACACCAAGCAAACGUGUACAUUUUUCGGUACAAAAUUACUUCAUUCAUCAAAUACUAUCGUAUGUGCCACAGUUUGGAAUUAAAAUAUAUUUUUAAAAAAACAUUUCCAACUUUAAAGAUGCAAAUCGAAGGCAGAGAAAACAGUUUUAAGCGCAAUUCAAACAAACCUUUGUCAAAUACAAAGAGGAGGUUUUCAUCUUUUGAAAUCCUCAGAUCCUCUGACAGUUCCUCGAUGUAGUCAGUAAACGUUGUGCUGCGCUGGUCAACAGAUAUCUUUGCCGAGCUAAAAACGAUCAUGAAAGCAAGAACAGAGAACAAAGAUUGUGCAUUCCUGAACUGGUUCAUCCUUAAAGGCUCAAGAUUCCAGAGCCAAACCUAAGAGAAGGUGGAUCUAAAUAUGAGAGUUUCCUCUUGAAGACAUUUAUUUUUACUGAGGUGGCCAAAAAGACGCCAAAAUGUUUUCGAGGCGACAAGAAGGCGUAUACGUGCGCUGUAAAAUAUACAGCACUCCCAAACUUUUAAACAUGAUAGUUGAUAGCUGAUUAAAGGAAGCUUUUAAGACCUUAUCUCAUUUUCAUAGUUUCAUUAGUAAUUAAAACCUCAGCAUGUGCCUCUCCUUCAAGUGGUUUGCCUCAUAAGUCACUUGAAGACCUAGGAAAAAUCGUGGUAACUUAAAAAUCAUAGUCAGCUCGGAGAAGAUAAUUGAAACACGUACUCUGCUAGUUCGAGGUGAAUACCAGUCGCAGGAUUCAAAGCGUACAAAUGGUUAGGUUUUCGACGCACGUGAUACAGAAAGGAAAUGAAAACAGACAGUUGAAUGAAUAGUUUGUUAUUCUUUUCAAAAUAUUUUUAAAAACAUGUUUGCACAAGUUCUGAAACAGCUAUCUAUUGCUCUAAGAGGCUUUAAACGUCGCCACUUGAUACUGCAAACUGACAUAUCAAUCCUUAAUCUCUCCUUUUUCGAAUACCACUGCCAUAAUUAAUGUUCCUCGUCUUCUACAAGCGUUGGUAAGUAUGCCGGUUACCUAACUUGGUCUUGCCAGCCCAAACUGACGUACAAUCAGAUAUUUCUUUUGCAGUAAAUACGUUAGAAAGUUGUGCAGUUUCCGCAGAUUAUGAAAUCAGUUUCAUUCCUCUCCUAAUAGGCUCCUUUGAUUUGAAAUGUCCUCCGUGUUCCGAAUUUUUGAUUUUAUCUAGCUAAUGAACUGUAAACGCUUCCACACAUUCUAACUAAUCAUGUUCAAGAUAAUAAUGAUAAUAACAACGUAUUUUAAUGUACACAGUAUCAUCUAAAUGUAACUUUAUCCAUCUCCAGUUCUAGGAACACAGUUAAUCGUCGUAGUAUGGUAUAAAUGCAGUAUACAUUAGAGGUUUAAAAAUUGCAUGACACGUGAAAAUUUUACGUGGAUUGCCCACUCAAAAUGUAGUAAGUUUCACGUUUAAAACAAUUUUAAAACGUCAUAUAAACUUUCCAAGCUUUUUACCGAAUCAUCGACUUUUGCAAGAAGAGGCCGAAGAUCAUUUAUUCCAGAUCAAGGCCUAUCUAAAUUCAUAUUUUAUUUCAUGAUGAUAAAAAGAACAACAUUUUCCAUAGGCGACUCUAAAUUUCUGAAUUCCAUAACACUUUCCUACAUUAUCCCACUUGAUUAAACACUUAGGCUCGCGUCCAAAGAAUUCACUAAAUUUACUACUUGUUUGUGUGAUUUAUAGAUACGAAAAACAACCUGUAGCGAAACAAUAGUUUUAUUCCACAGAAGGGCGAUGUUUCUUUAUGGAAAAAAAAUUGCAGGUUUGCUAUGAACACGAGGCAAACCAUGAGCACAAACAGGCUGUUCUAAAGCUCUUACCGGUGACACUGUUGUAUUGGAGACAUGCAAAUUGUAUUUGAUUGAGUCAGAGAUGGUUAGCUUUGAGCUAACAACUUCAACCCAUGGGCUUAUAAAUAGUUUGGCGUUUAUUAACUUCCAUGUUUGUUUGUUCUCUUCUUACAUGGUUUUUUUUUAUUGUUGUUGUUUUUCUUCUCCCUCGGUGAUAUUUAGCUCACAUUUAUUUUGUGCAUGUACACAAUCUUUUCAACUAAGUGCUCUGAAAAUGAAUGAAAUAUUUUGCUUUAAUUGUGUUAAAGGAAAGUAUCAAGUCUUUCAGUGUAAAUCUCUGUGGAUAUCGCCAACAAAUUCUACCCUGUAGAACACGGAAAAUACGUCAUGUAAUAUUCAAAAUACUGUGAAAGUAACAAAUGUAGAAGUACAAAUGUUGGUGUUGCUUCAAUUGAUCGGUUUCGAACGCGGCGAAGCGUAUCUACCAGGUGCGAGAAGUAUGGAAAGGCGAGGGACCUGCUUUGGAGAACACGUUGUUGGCCAAGUUAAGAAACAGUUAUUUGUUAUGAAAUAAGUGACUGAUUUCGACAGUGAGUCGUAACUUUUAUGCUUUUAAGAUCCAUACAAGUAUUCUUUUUAAUCAGAAUAGUUUAACUCCUACAUUGAGUGAGAUUUCUACCUAUUAGAUUUCUCAGAAUUCUGUUAAAAUCACUGAUCUACUUUUAGACCGAAAGUUAUGAAAUAAUUCACAUUAGAAAUUUUUAGUACUUUUUUCUAAAUAUUUACUGGAGGACUAUUAAACCAUAUUUUCAUCUCUGAUGAUUGAAUCAGUUUUAUGGAUCACUGAUACACUUGAGCAAUUAAUUAAAGAACGCAAUAACUAAUCGAAAACAUGAUAGCUGAGCUGCAAAAAGUGAGUGUGGUUUAUUUCUCGGCAUUAUUCUCUGUGCGCACCUGAACUUUCUUGAUACAUCGAAAACACGGGAGCCAGACUAAAUGAGCAGAAAAAUGCGCCAUCUCCGAGGGUGGAAAUGCCGCACUUAUUAACAAAGAAAACUUAAAGUUUGCAAAUAAACACCCAAUCCACGUGGCUUAAUUAGAUGUUCGACCAGUAAUUAGCAACUUUGAAGAAGAGCGCUCUAUUGGUUGCUAGGCACGUGACAGAUUUUGGCGGAAAAAUGGCACGCUUGAACCUGCAAAGAACACACUAAGUCUUUUGUUUUUCUUUUGUUUUCUUUUGUUUUUUGAGGCUUUGCUGUCAAAUGAGUUACUUUACUGAAGGAAUUUAAAUCCCUUUUGGUCGAGAAAGCCUUCACUUCGUUCGAGUCUUUGGAGCAGCUUGAAUAAAGAAUUGAAAACUUCACCAGUGACUGAAAAUGGUUUACCCUGAGGUUGAAUUCCACAUUGGAGGGAGUUAUUUUGCAAGGUUUGUUUUCGUUUCCCGGCAGUUAUCAUUUUCAAGUGAUUAAUUUGAUAUUAGGAAACUUCACGCCAUUUAAUAUAGCUGUUCCUUUGCUCCUAAAGUUUUUCAAAGCUGUAGAAAAGAGAAAAUAUUUCUCUAACAUCAGAUAGGUUUCAUUGAUGCUACAUGAGUAGGAUUUGUCUAAAAGGAAAAAAUUUCAUCCAGCGGAACUCCUGAUUCUGACUUCCUUAAAACUUCUACAUGGAAGCCAUUGAGUUAUAUCUAUAAGCGCUGGCUCGCCAUUGAUAAUGUAUCAGGUGUACAACAACAGCUUACCGGAGCAAUGUACGGUCCUACUUAGAACUCGUUAUAAAGAAAAUAAUUACAAUUUGAGCGCAUGAGUGUCUUCUCGCAAGUUCGAUAUCAUGGUCAACUCAGAAGAAAUAGUAUAAGAUAUAAGGGUCCUAUCGUGUGGAAAUCAAUCCCAAAAUUCACCAGAGAUGCUACAUCCCUAGCUUUUUAGAGGAAAACUUAAACCUGCCUCAAGAGCAUUGGGCCAAAUACAAUUGGAGAAAGAGGCCUGUUUAAUUCAAUCGAAAGAUCCUGUCCUCUUAUAUUUAUAAUAGUUUUAAUACAUCCUUGUUUUUAAUCGUUUUAAGAUGUAACUUUUAAAUACAUUCAAUUUAAGCGCUUUAAAGGAAAUUUAUGGCAGGUCCACACCAGCCCAUGGGUUGCCACAAACAGACCUGCCACACCGAAAAGUAUUUUUAUUCGAUGUUUGUUUGUAGAUGGUUUGAAUCUCAUUUAAAAUUUGCAUUUAAUUUAAGUCACGUGCUCGGCAACAGACUACUGUUUGCUUAACAACAACAUGGCUGCUAAAACGUCACGAACCACACAAUAAGCACUCAGUGACAGACACACGAGAACGUUAAUGUGUAAGAUUUUCAAGUUACUCUGAGCACUUGUUGAGUCUUAUCAAGACCAUGCCGCUGUUAACGAUGAAAUUGUGACAAUUUUAAAUCAGUUAUAAAUCGUUUUUGAUUCGUAGCCGAACAGAUGAAUUAAUAAUGGCUAGGAAUGGGAAAGUUCAUCCGGUGAUCUCGGCAAACAACGACCAAGAUUACCGUCGUGAGUGCGUGGAGUUGAAAGGGAUGAAUCAUGUAACGAAGUCGAGGAAAAGAACUUCGACAGCUUCAAGUGAAAACUGGCAGAAAGUUUCCAAAGAGGUCAUGGCAUUUUCGCGGUGGAAAGGUUACACACGCUCUAUGAGAUCACUGGCUGGGGAGAAAAACUCUUCCGCAUUGAAUAAUAACAAUCGAGCUACGCGAGUUUACUCGAGAUCAAGUUCGUACAAGGAUAGAGAAAUGAACUGUGUAUUGGAUAGUGAUGUCGAGGAUUUAGGAAAUGAGCGACUUUCCAUGUAUGAUACAAAUGCUUAUAUGAAACCAAUGCCAGCUGUAAAUCAAGGCGAACCCACACAUCCUUCGAUCGCAGCCAGCAGAGCAUUGAUCAUCUACUUCGCCAAACUGGCCAAGCAAAGCAUUGAGACGGAACAAGAGCUUGAUUUUGAGUUUAUAGAAGGACUGCUUGGUGAAGGAGCUGACAUAAACUUUACUGAUAGGCACGGACAGAGUGUUAUGCAUGAAGUUGCUCGAAUCUGGCACGUGGAUGUUGCCAGGUUUGUUUUGGAAAAUGGCGGAGACGUAAACAAAACAGACGAGUUUGGACGGACGCCACUACAUAUUGCUGCAUCAAUUGAUUAUCCUGAGAUGGUAGAGUUUCUAGUUACCAGCAAAGGUUAGUUUUAUGAGCGUGAUUAUUGCCUUACCUCAUUUAAGUCACCUCUAUUUAGAGUCUAUGUAUUUCAUAUCCUCUAUUUGUAUUCCAGAUCCCACACUAAUGAGAGCAUUACGAUCCUUAUCGUUAAGUGCUUUGAUUUUUUAAAUUAAAUUUCCAUUUUUGAUGCAAUCGAUUCAAUCGCUGAAUAUUAGUUUCAUGAAAUAUGAAAAGCUCCUCUUGUCAAAUUUACCAUACUUAUACUGUAAUAGACACAAACUAUGAGCUAAAUUACCGAUUUAAAUGUUUUAUGUACCAAAGUGAAAUUGUCUAAAGCAAAAUUGCCUACUGAUUGAUUCAUGGAAAACUUAUAUUCAGAGGAGCCCAUAUCAAACAGAUAUACACCAUCUGAAGAAUACACAAUUCGUAGAAAAAACCAAUUUACUCCUUAUUUUCAAUGAACAAAGCCUCUGUUUACCGACAGCCUUGAAGUAAACCUUAGUAAGGAUUCUAUGGGUUGCCACUGUGCAUGGCUCAAAGUAGUGUCCAUUUUAACAUUAUACCAAUCACCCAAUUAUUCUCAUUAUCAAACUUUCAAAAUGCUUUGUUUGUUACCUUGGAAAUGCUAUCAAAGUGUCAGAAAUCGUGUGUUUACGUAAUCAAAACAUUUUAAUGCACUUUUUGACCGGAAAGGGAUUAAUCUGUCAUCGUUAACUUAAGCCAAUCAAAGAACAAAUCUCGUAAUCGUUGUGAAAAAAUAUAUCUGAAAAUUGUAGUUUAUCAGAAAAACAUUGUGUUAUAUUUUUAAUUUUGACUUGCUAUAGCAAAUCUGUAGAAAAUCUGAUUGUAGUUCAGAACCACCUUAUAUUUUUAAUGCUUUAAAUAUUGUUUAGAAUUUAUUAGACAUUAAUUGAUAUCAUUUUCAAGAAAACACAAAAUAGUGUGGUAGUAUUGAUCCAUUUAAUGAUUUUUCUUGAAGAAAAAUAGCUGAACCAUUUCCGCCAUUACAUAUUCAAUUCAAGUUUUAUAGCAUCCCUUUUGUGCACUUUUUCCAAUAGCUGAUCUGCAUGCCAUCACAUUUGGAGAGUUACAAACACCCACUCACUAUGCUGCUAAAAAUGAUGCAUCUAAAGCACUGAGAAUGCUUCUUAAGCUGGGAGGCAGGAUGGAUGAUACAGACUACAAAAGACGCACUCCUCUGCUUGUAGCAGCUGAGUUAGGUAUGAUUUGAACUGAAUCCUAUUGGUUCCUUUAAUCCAGGAGUGAUUGACAAGUAAAUUCUCCCUAUAGUAUUAAUACAUUAUUCAGUAAACAGGUGAUGAGAACACUCAAACUCAUCAGGUAGUGGUUGUUAUCUUGAUCUUACACCAAAUUAUUGUAACUAAUUUGCAAGGAAAUGUGUAAAAGUUGGAAGGGAGAAUUAACAAUCAGAUCUUGGAAGUUGAAGGGUUCUUGGUGAUUCAGAGUGGUAAAGUCCAUUGAAAUGCGUCAUUCUUGUUUCCUGUAGUGUAGCUAAGCAACUAUUUUGCUUGAACUCUUAGUUUUAUUUUGUUUGAGGGGGUUGAAUUUAUUAGUAACUUAAGUUAUUUAAGUAAUUGUUCCUGAAAAGCCCCAUUGGGGAGGUAACAAUAAAGUAUGUAUGUUGAAAGUUGUUCCAUACAAGAUAGGUGUAUUUUCUGAAAACACAAACUCUUGCCUCAGACAGUUGGACUAAUUCUGUAUAGCUCCGUUUCCAAGGUAAUAACUCAUAAAGCUUGAUCAACGUAUGUAUUUUUCUUCGAAAAUAACUUUUUACUUCAAAAGACAGUGUCACUUUUUUAACGUGGUCUUCACAAUUAUUCAGAGAUUCAGAUUUGUCUAACAUGAGUGUGGCCGUGAAGGUGUAUAAAUUCCUUCUUUGUGUUUCAGAUCGAUCAGAAACGGCCAAAUAUUUAAUAGAUCAAGGCGCAGCUGCUGGUGUUCAAGACAGUGCAGGCAGCUCAGUUAUGUCUUUCAUGAUCUCCAAAAUGCCUCCUGUCGCAAAAGGAGCCUUGGAUCAGUUUCACACAACAGACCGGGGUAACCGCCGGCAGUACUUCUACCUGAAUCAUCUGGAACCUUAUCUGCCGGACGAAAACGGUGCAUACGUUUCUUGCGCUAGAUCACCGCUUCACUGUGUGGUAUAUUACAAACAAAUGGAACUUAUAAUGCACCCAGUUUUCAAACGGCUUCUUGAUGUAAAGUGGGACCAAUUUGGCUGGCGUGGAACAAUAAAGAACAUUUUUGUGCACGCGUUUUUCGUGUUAGUAUGGACAGCGCUAGGUGUGACUCUUCAUUUCGGAGACGAUUCGAUUACGAACUAUUACAAACCCCCCAGAGAUUAUAUAUGGCGAAUUGUUCUGGAGAGUUUAGCUUGUUGCAUGACUCUGUACUUUAUUUGCCUGGAGUUUCAGGAGAUCAGUGCUUCGAAGAAGUCGCACCGAAACUGGAAAAGAUGGAGGAUCGAUGAGCUAGAGAAAGACCUACAGUUUUCUCAUCCGCGUUGGCCAGAAGAGAGAAAGUACCUUGAAAUGGAACGCAACGACAUCUUAGAUUCAGGAAUUUCUUACUUUAAUGACGCUUGGAAUUACUUUGAUUGGGUGACAUACGGCUGGAUUCUGGGAAUAAUUGUGACUCGUAUUUUUGCUGUUGUGUUAGCCAGCGAUGUAGCUCGCUCCCUUCAUCCAAAAGUGUUCGCUAUUGCACUGAUUUUCAUCUGGCUUCGACUGAUGAAAGUUUUCCGCGCUUUCAUUACACUGGGACCGUUCAUUGUUAUGAUCGGACAUAUCAUUGAUGAUACUCUUAAGUUUGGCUUCCUUUAUUUUAUAUUAUAUGUACCUUAUGUCUGUGCGUUUUGGAUGACAUUCGGAGGCGCAGAGAACGCUGCAGUUAUGAGAGCCAACGGGUUGGACGGUGACGGAUGGGAGAACUUUAACGAUCUUAUGUAUUCCGUGUGGCAGUUGACAGUUGUAGGGAAUUACCCCUGGGAUUCCCUGCUCGUGGUAGACCGGUUAAUGGCGCAGAUUCUCUGCGGAACUUACCUAGCAGUGUCAGCUAUUGUGAUGAUAAAUCUUUUCAUUGCGCUGAUGUCGGACACGUUUCAGCGUGUUUAUGACAACGCCAAAGCGAACGCAGCCAUGCAGCGCGCAAGCACCAUACUGACUAUGGAAGAGAAUAUGGGAGACAAGACUCGGGAAAGAUACAGGAGACUGAUUCAUGAGAGAUUCUCUCCUGAGGUGAGACAUAAAGAUCAUCUUCUUCCAAAGUUAGUCUCAUUCGCAGGCUUUGUAAGGUCCAGAGACUAGAGUAAUGAAGACAUUCCAUUUUAUCAAGCCUUAUUUUGACGCCAAAGAGAGAUUUGCGCAUGUUUAAUAAUUGUGGUGUUUACAAAUAUGUUUAAGAUUGUUUUGAAAGUAUAAAAUGAUUUAUAAGGAAGCGCAGGGAGAACUAAGAAUCUUAUACAAAUUCGCACCGGAGUUGGCGUCCAUGCAUGGACGCGCACUUGUCUAGAUAGCUCACAUGCGCUGUAUUCUCCGUUGAAGUAGGAAUAAUUAAGAUGUGAGAAUUUUGGUUCAGCUCAACUGUAACCUGAAUGGGAAUUGUCAGAGUUACCAAAAAACUCACUCAGGUGGUGUACGUGUAAGUCUGCAUGGAAGUCCGUUGAUCAGAAAGGGCUUCCGCUCGUUCGCUCUCUUUUGCUCUCUUCCGCGCUCUUCGGGCCUUCAGCCCUACUCUUUUAACUUGAAUCCAAUGUUGCAGCAGUUGAUUAUUCCCCUUCAAAUGAAGCCGCUUUUUACUUUUUCUAUCUAAUACCUUUUGUUACUUUUAAUGAUUUUAUAAUAACACUCAUUCUUAUCUGUUUCAAAUAUAUUUACUCAUUAGGAAAUGUAUUAUGAUGAUGACUCCACCCAGCCUGGUUCUGGUGAGUUGGAACGAAUGACGCAUCAAAUCAAAGACGUGGUUGAUGAAGUGUUCGAAAUGCUACAACCGCUGAACCGCAACGGAUCAGGAAAGACGGCAGAUAAAAGCACCAAACGAGAGAUUGAACGGUAAAGGAUAACAUACUUUAAUUGUUUGGGAAGUCACUGACUGGCAGAAAAGUACUUUGGGGAAAAAUGCAUUUGAACAUUACAUAGGUGGCUUAUACUUCUAAAUUUUAAGACAGUAUCAACUUUGAAACAGUCCUCGAGUAAUGUUUAGCAACGAAAGUAGUGUUUUUCAUCCGUUACUUACCAAAAAGAAAUUUCAACUUAAAUAUGUUACACUUGUUUCUGUAGCUUAAAGUAGCUCACGAAGUAUUCCAUAGUCCAUUUGGGCUGGGCGGACACGUUCUGUCGAAGGAUAUGAAGAAUGUUCUAAAGAUUUGUUUCGUCGAAAUCCAACAGGAAGGCUUCUGCUGAUGAUGUUUAUUAAUCGGCUAUAUCUUGAACCCUUAAAUCUCAGGAGUGAUAUCGAUUCACAUGUAACUUCUCCCUAUUAUACCCAUACAUUACCCAGCAAACAGAUGACGAGAUUACUCAAACUUAUCAGGUAGACGUUGAUAUUUUGAUCUUACGCCAGAUUCUUGAAACUAUUUUACAAGGAAAUAUAUAGCAGCUAGAGGGGAUAAUUAACAAUCAGAUCUUGGGAGUUAACUAGUUAAUCAUGUCUCUGUUGUAUAUGACUAAUUCGUUUUCUUUGUUUUGUUCUUCUUGUAUCAAGCUUGCGAUCUGACCUCGCAGAAGUUUCCAACCGACAUGAACAGACUGUGAAAGAGAUGAGAAACGAAGUGGCAGAGAUGAAAGCUUUGUUGAUUCGUGUUUUGGAGCGAGGGUCAGUACCGUCACUACCAUCUGUCCGAUCUCUUCACGAUCAAACUCAAAUUCCUGAACGCCACUCCCCAAACGAGGCACGAAAUCCUUCGAAAAGGUCAGCGAGUAAUCGUUCGCACCGAAAACGGCAUCGACGGCAGCAUAGCUUUCCGAGUGAUGACGAAGUUGAUCACAGGGAUUACCAAGGAUUGCCACUGACCGAUGACAUUGGAGGCGAUGCGAAUGAGUUGCCUAGUGUGCGGGUGUUGACUACGCGCGCUACAGCUCGUAAACAGCAAAGAGACGAAUAAGAUCACAGCUGAACAAACGAAGUAAAAUAAAGAUAAACCGCACGUUAGCUAAAACUGGAGACACAAAAACAUUAAUAUUCAAAAAUGACAGACAAAUAAGGGGAAAUUCUUAUUUAAUCCGAGUUACAGCACAAAUAUGGAAUAGAACCAAGCGAGUGCAGAGUUUGGCCCCGCGGCAUAAAAAUGUCGUACCUCGACAAUCCGGCCUUUUCCAGUUGAGUGUUUCUUCAUAGUUUGUCGUGUAAUUUCGGGAUUGGUUUACUCCGUGUCAAGAGAGAUCCUUUAACUAAAGCCAUGUUAUAUGAAAUAUCCGUUCAACCAAUCGGUUC